GACGGCAGUUUGUUUCAUAUGUAAAUACUCUUCUUACACCAAAUCAAAAAAAACAAAUCUGUUCGCGCUCUUAAAUCUGCCCCUAAGCAUUUCCAGAUCUCGCUGUUUUGUCGCUUUAGUUUUGUGUUGCUUUCUGUCUUGUACAAACAAUUUGUGGUCUGAGAGGAAGUAGUUGUAGUGUAGCGAGUUUGUAGUUUUCCUGUAGUUAGUGUUCACGUCUAGAGAUCUGUUUACCGUCUCCGAAGUAGACAGCUUCUAGGGAAACUUCACUUGGGUUCUGUUUCAGGGUGCUUGUCAGUCGUUGCAAAAGCUUUAUCGACGUAUCUUUCCCGCUGCGAUGCUGACCCUGACGUCUAUGGAAGAUCUUUUCUACGGACCCCCAGAACCUACAUGGAUUUUGCCAACACGGGAUGAGACACCUCCGCGUCGAUACAAGGAGCAUGAAUAUUACAAAGUACGAGAAGUGAUUGAACCUCAAAGAAGAUCAUAUUACCCCUCGCCUCCUCGGCCCGCUGGGCGCCCUGUCCAGCACCGCCCUGUCAUCGAUCGUAACAUACGCCCUGUGGUGCCUGCCGGACCAGCUCCUCUUACAGUCGAUCGCGACAUAAGGCCCGUUGUGCGCGAUGAGCGUAGUCAUCCCGUUGAGCAAGAGAUCCGCCCCAUUGAGCGGCUGGCUCGCGUGCACACUGUGCCAGAGCAGGUUCCCAUCCGCGCUCCGCAGGAGGAGAUUCGCAAGGUUGUCGAAGUACCAGUUCCGGUUCCCGUCCCGGUUCAUGUUCCAGCGCCACCUGAAGUUGUCCAUGUUCAGCACCGCGAUGUUGCACCCCCUCCCCAAGUUGUCAAGCGCAGCAUUUCCCCACCGAUUCCGAGACCCCCAGUUCAUCACCCGAUUGAAUUGAAGGUUCCCAUGUGCUGCGAAAAAUGUGCUAAGAAGGUGAAGGAUAGGCUGCUGGAUUUGGAGGGCGUGGAGAAUGUGGUGACUGACCAAUACAACCAGAAGGCGAUAGUCUACGGCCACGCUGACCCCGCAAGAGUACUACAGCGGGUGAAGAAAGUGAAGAAGCGGUCUGCCUUUUGGGACAUGGCGGUGGACUACAGCGAGGAUUAUCGCCGCUCUUGUUACGAACAAGCGGAAUACGCUCGCGCGAAGGCUGCCAGAGCUGAAUCUUCCAAAGCUGAAUAUCAAACCAAGGCUCUGAGGGCUCCGAACCCCAGCAAUGCUUCAUCCGUCAUCGUCAACCUCUCCCAAGCUCAUAACGGCCCCGUAGUCACUGCAAUCUUACCUGCCGAGACGAAGAACGCCGAGCCCUACAUUGCAAACACGCGAACUCGCAGCCAACGAUGUGUCAGACUGCCGAAAGCUGACAGACACGAAUUCUAUCAUGAAGGUUCGCAGCCGCGCCAUGCUCAGGGCGAGUACUACUACGUUCUUCGUGACCAGCAUGAGGGUUAGGACUCCAGGACGUCAGUGUUUUACCAAGGAGGGCACUCAGAUCCCUACAGUUCUCAGUAACUCUUUGCCGUUGUACAGGAUUUUGUCAAGUACCAGGAGGACGAGUGGAUGCGUCGUGCAUCUCCCUCAUGCCUCAAAAAUUUUGCCGUGGUUGCUCGUUGCUUUUGCUCGCCGUUCGUGCAGAGCAUUUCUGUAUCCUGUGUAGAUGUUCGAGUUGUUUAAAAUAAAGUUGUGUAAAUGUUUGUAUAGUAA